AUACAACAGCACCUCAUGGCGUCUGAACUGGCGCAAAUUUGAAAACUCACAUUGAACAAAAUGGGUUUCCACUAUUGUACGGAUAUAUAAAAGAAUUCGAAUCAGUUUUUGGAGCUAGGGGUUCACCUUUCGAAAAUGUGUGAUGUUAUGCCCACUAUAUCGGAGGACGGUAAUUCAAGUCAAGGAGAUCGAGACUCACAAGCAAGUGGAGAGGGAACUAAUGUUGAAGAUAUGUUAUUGAGUAUAUUGGAUGAACGUGAUAGACUAAUGGAAAGUCUACAUGAUGCACAAGAUCAAUUGGUAUUUACACAGAAUAGACUUGCGGAAGCUGAAAGAGAAAGAGAUGUUUUAAAUAGACAGUUAUCUGAAAAACUUCCUGAAGAUUUAUCUUUACUGGCCAAAGAAGUACAUCGUUUACGUGAUCAAAUUUCUGAACGAGAAGAAGAAAUUGUUGAGUUGAAAUCGGAAAGAAAUAAUACAAGGCUUCUUUUAGAACAUUUAGAAUGUUUAGUUGCUAGACAUGAACGUUCAUUAAGAAUGACAGUUGUAAAACGACAAGUAAAUAGUCCUGGUGGUGUUAGUUCUGAAGUCGAAGUAUUAAAAGCAUUAAAAUCAUUAUUUGAACAUCAUAAAGCAUUAGAUGAACGUGUACGUGAACGUUUACGUACAGCAUUAGAACGUGGUGCACAACUAGAAGAAGAAGUGCGUUCAUCUGCUGCUGAUCGUGCUGCAUUAAGAGAACAAUUAGCUGCAGCAUUAGCUGGUGUAGCUGCUGCUGCAACAGCAGUUCAACAAAGACAACAACAACAAAUUGUAUCAACUGUGAAUGGGAAUGGGAAUGUUGAUUCUAAUCAUACCACACAAAUCAGUAAAGAUGAUCUUGAUGGAAAUGAUGUAGGCAAUAAACUAGCCUCAUUACCUCCAGGUGGACCACCAAUCACAUCAAAAGAUUCAAAUGAUGAAAGUUCAUCAGCAGUGAAUUCUUCAGAAAAUUCCGGUGUAAAAACAGUUGCAUCCGUUGCUGCAGCUGCAGCGGCUGCUGCUGCGAGUGCUGUAGCUGUUGAACGUAAACUUGUUGAAGUCACUACAAAAUCUAGAGAUUUAGAAGCAUCUAAUACAACAUUACAAAAAGAAUUAUCACGUGCUCAUGAUCAGAUUUCUCGUUUACAAAGAGAAUUAAGAGAAUUGGAAGCUCAACGUGAAGAUCAAGAAGCUCGUAUUGCAACUUUGGAACAACGUUAUCUUGCUACACAACGUGAAGCUACUGGCACGUUGGACAGACUUAGUCGAGCUCAGUCAGAAUUGAUUACACGUGAAAUUGAAUUAAAACAAGCAAAAGAUCAUGCAAAUCAUUUGGUUAGCGAAUUAGAAACAGUACAAAACGAAUUAGCCAUUGUCAAAGUGAAUACAAUGCAACAAAAUGAAAAAGUAAAUACACCUACAACAACAUCAACUAUAAUGCAUACAGCUAUGGAAAAUGGUGGUGAAAAUGAAACUAUUUCUAAUGAUGAAAAAACUAUUAAAAACGACAAAAGUUCUCAUUUAAUUAAUGAUAAUAACAGUAACAACAAUAAUCCUAACGUAACAGUUGUUGAUGAAUUACGUGUACAAUUAUCUACAGCUGAAGAACGUAUUAAAGAUAUGGAAGUUGAAAUGAAUGAAAUCCAGUCAGAAUUACAAAGAGCUAGACAACGUGAACAAUUAAAUGAGGAUCAUAGUUCACGUUUAACUGCGACGGUUGACAAAUUAUUAUUGGAAUCUAAUGAACGAUUACAGACGCAUUUACGUGAAAAAAUGGCAGCAUUAGAAGAGAAAAAUCAAUUACAUACAGAGUUAGAUCGUCUUAGACGUCUUCUAGAAACAAGUCAAACAGAACGAGAUCGAGCUCUAGCCGAUAUGGAACGAUUAAGACGUAGUUCCGCUACAACAACGCCAACCGCACUUGCUUUACAAGGUGACUCGUAUUCCAGUGGUUCUCAUAGUCUUCGUAGAAUGCCACGCAAUGCUUCCAGCAGUAGAACAGAUCAAACUCUUCUUGAUAAUGAAGAAGUGAAUUUAGAUGAACUGGAAAAUAACAGUAGUUCUCUCAAAAGAAUCCAACGAAAAAUUGGUGGUUCUGAUUGGGUUGAUUCAGAUGGUGAUACAACAACAAGUCCAGUAAGCAGAGGUCAAUCCGAGAUUGGGACUAGUAAUACAGAUGCUCAAAGAUUAGCAUUGUUGAUUCAAAAUCAAUUGGAUGCAAUAAAUAAAGAGAUCAAAAUGAUACAGGAAGAGAAACAAACUGCUGAACAGUUAGCUGAAGAACUAGAACUACGUGUUGGUUGUACUGGUACAAAUCGUAAUGGCAGUUCACAGGGACAAUUAAUCGAUGAUUAUUACAGUCAACAACGCGGCAAUGAUACAAACGAAGCAUAUUAUUAUACAAAUCAAGAUGGACGUCUUAAUGCGAAUAAUGUUAUGCCAAGUUUAUUACCUAAUUUUGGUCCAACUGGUUGGUCACCUCCACCAUCACCAUUAAGUUCUAGGUCAACACCAUUCGGUGGUAUUUCUAGUGAUUCUUUCAGUGGUAGUUUUAAUAAUCCUAAUCGAAAUGCAUCAUCGUCAGUAUUAUCAUCUGUGGUAGUUAGUAAAGAAUCUGAACGAUCCAUUCCUCAAUAUGCUGCUCCUACUCCAUUGGCCGUAGAUCCACGUCGUAAUCUUCAACAUCAGCCUAUUCAAUAUUCACAACCGAGUAGUAAUAGUGGUUUUAUGUCGCGUAGUAGUCAUUUUGAACAACAAAGAUCAAUGUCAGCCGCUGGACGUCCAUUACAUCAGUCUCUGGGCAUGAAUGGUGGCAAUUCAUUGUCCACACCACAUCUUAAUCCUCAGUCAUCAUCCUCUUCAUCUUCAUCGCCAUCUGUUGCACUGUUAGGUCAAAAUUCACAUAAUUCAAAUAAAUUAACAAUUACAACAACUACAGGAACAACGUCAACAUCUACAUUAGUUACUAAUGGUUCAAAUAGAAGUGUAACAUUAGCCGAUGCUAUUGCUGGCCUUGAAUUCUUAGAUCAGAUGCGUAAAGAACGCAGUACACAACAACAACAACCGAAGAACAAUAAAUUCAUUUCAUAUAUCACUCCUGAGAACCCAUAUGAAUUUGGACCAGAUGAAUAUACAACAUCAUCUAUGGUGGAAACAAAUCGUUUAAAUUCUAACUCUGAAGUCAAUUCUUCGGAGUCAAGUUCAAAAUCCAGUCAUGAUCAUCAACAUCAGCGAGAACAACAACAACAUCAAAGGAUACAACCAGUUGAAGAAACAACACGCUUACGAAAAGUCCCUAGAGAUAAUGAUAGUCUUUUUGUAAAAAACAAUGAAUUUAUUCCAACAGAGAAUAUAACAUCAAAGGUUAGCAAUGGUGGCUUAAUUACAUCCGAUGAUUUAUUACAAAAUAAUGUAAUCAAUCAGCCGUUUCGACCUGCAUCACAAUUAAAUUAUCACUUACCUGUUGCUGCUCCUACUGGCGCUGGCGCUCCUCCACCACCACCAUCUAUUAAUCCAAAUACAGUUAACAACGUACCACCCCCUUCAACAAUACCAGCACAAGAAUUAAUGAAUAAUACUAACAUGUACUUGAGAAAUAAUUAUCGUACUAAUCUACCAAUUUGUACCACCGGUAUUGGCUAUCCACCUGGUUCUGAUAGUCUGUUGAACGGAAAAUGUGACAGUUCGUUGUCAAAAUCAACUACACAAGUAUCAGUAGCAGCAGUGGCUAAAUCAUUGGUUCUACCUGGAUCUAAACAACAAUUACCUAACUAUCAAGAAUCUAAUUUACCUACUAAUAAUACAACAUUAAUACGUAAAUUAUCAGCUCCUAUAGGACCACCUCAUAUUCUAUCAAAUCAUACUGCUACAAUACAUCUACGUAGAGGAUAUAGUUUAAAUAAACCUAAAAUGGAUAAUAAUGUUAAUGAUGAUGAUAAACGUGUCAAUCAAAAAGUAAAUGAAGGUGGUAAUGUUGAAGGUUGUGUCGUCAUUAAAGAGACUGUUAGCGACGAAGAUUUAAAUCAUUCAAAUUUUCGACAUUCUAUAAAUACACUCACUGAUCAUGUACCAUCAUCAAGUUCUUUAUCAGUUAUAUCAGUAGAUAGUCCCGAAGAAGAAGGCUCUUCAGCAGCUUCUGAUUCAUUAGUUUGCAAUCAAACGAUUGAAGGUCAACCGUCAGGUCAACAGCAACAACAACAAACAAUACCACUUACAUCAGCACAAAAUAUCCCGUUAAUGAAUAAACAAUUUUAUCAGCAACAAUUGCAGUACAGACAACAAUCCAUUUCCGAUCAACCUAUGACAACGUUAACUCAACAACCACUUUACCAGCGAGAUUAUGAACAACAACAACAGAUCCAACAAUUACAAUUUACUCAUUCAACAAGACCUCAUCUACCAAUGAAUUCUAUGCCAAUAUAUCAUCAACAGCCUAUAGGAUUGUAUCAAAAUUAUCUACGGUCAAUUGGACCUAGAAAUCAAUUAUACAACAUUAUUGAUAGUCAACAACAACAACAACAACAGAUCAAUUCAGUGUCUCGAUUAGAUUCAACACAAUCAUUUUUUUCGCCUACACCAUCACCUACACCAAGUAAGAAGAAAUCGCGUAUGUUAUCUGGUACAUUUGGUCGACUAUUUCGACGUAAUCAAUCAAGUAAUAUAACUGGGAAUAGCGGUGUUGGUAUUGUCAGCGGACCAUAUGAUAUGGCACAAUAUUCACAAAAUUAUUACCCUAUACCAAAUCAUAUUAAUCAAUCAAUGCGAAUAUCAGCUUCACCACCGAUACGUCUUGGUUCACCAAUGAUACAUGCAUCAAUUGCUAAUAAUACUCAUAACAAUAAUAGUACUACUAACAAUAAUAAUAGUAGUAACAAUAAUAUUCGAUAUUCUAUGCAACAGCAACCUAUGAGUCCACAGCCGAUAGCUGUCGGUCCAGGUGGACAUCAAUCACUAUCAUUACCACUACCACCACCUCCGCCUUCAGUACAGUAUCAUCCGUCGAUAUCCAACCAAGCACAGAUGAUACAACAACAGCACCAACUCCUUAUAGAACAACAACAACAGCAACAACAGAUGUAUCAGUUUAGGCAACGACAACAAGGUUUGGAAUAUGAUGAUGGAUGUAAUGGACCAAAUCUUAUUACUGGAGGAUCGAUAUCACCACUUUCGUCAUCCACUGUGUCAGGAAGUCUUUCUGAAUCAACUAUUCCAUCAAAUAGUAGAAUAAUGAGUCCAAAUCCUAUGUCUUUGACUAUGGGUAGUAGUGGUGGUCAACUGGCUAAUACAACACUACCACCACAAGUCCCUGAAGAACGUCGACGGUGGAAAAAGGAGGAGUUAUUAGAACAAGCUAUGAUGGCUAGAUUACCAUUUGCACAAUGGAAUGGCCCUACAGUAGUAGCAUGGCUUGAGCUUUGGGUUAGCAUGCCCGCUUGGUAUGUAGCUGCUUGUAGAGCGAAUGUUAAAUCCGGUGCAAUAAUGGCAUCAUUAUCUGAACAAGAAAUACAACGUGAAAUUGGUAUUAGCAAUCCAUUGCAUCGACUUAAACUACGUUUAGCUAUACAAGAAAUGGUUGCUUUAACUUCACCAACUCCAGUUCCUAAGCCUAGUACAAGUCGUCUUGCUUUUGGUGACAUGAAUCAUGAAUGGGUUGGCAAUGUAUGGCUUCCUAGUCUCGGUUUAGCCCAAUAUCGUCCAGCGUUUAUGGAAUGUUUAGUUGAUUCACGGAUGCUUGAUCAUUUAACUAAACGGGAUUUAAGAACACAUUUAAAAAUGGUUGAUAAUUUACAUAGGACUAGUUUAUUAUAUGGUAUUGUUUGUUUAAAACGAUUAAAUUAUGAUCGAUUGGAAUUAGAACGUAGACAACGUGAAGCUGCUCAUCCUGAUAGUAUUGAUUUAUUAGUUUGGUCAUGUGAACGUGUUCAAGGUUGGUUAGAUGAAAUCGGUCUAAAAGAAUAUGCACCAAAUUUAAAUGGAUCUGGCGUACAUGGUGGUGUGAUUGGUUUACAUCCAGAUUUAAAUCCUCAACAAUUAGCCUUAACAUUACAAAUACCUACAUCGAAUACAUCAGCUCGUGCUAUAUUAGCUAAAGAAUUAACGCAACUUGUACAACGUUUUCGUGCCAAUGUACCAAUUGCAGCGGCUAGUAUUGGACCAGCUCCAAGAGUACUAGCAAUGGAAGCCGCUGCUGUUGUUGCAGCUAAUAGAGCUCGUGCGAAAUUCGAGGGUCAAGAUAUUUGUUAUCCAGAUGACGGAUUUAAUGAAACAGCUAUUACCAACGAUUGUGAUGGAGUAGAGCAAAUUGAGGAUAGAGCUACACCUACAAAUAUUUCUGAACGAAAUCUCAAAGAUACACAAAGAACUCAGUUAGAACUACCUAAUUCCAACUCAGAUAAAAUUGGUGGUACCAAAACAACCGACAUAUUAUCAUCAUCAUCUGAUCUCGGAUUAGAUUGUUCCAUCACUAUAAAUAAUACUCCUACUAGUACUAAUGUCAGUAAUGCAGUUCCUCAUAGUAGUAAUACUUCUGCUGGAUCUCCCACUACAGUAUCACAAAAGAAACGAGCUCCUCAGGUACCUUCUGUUAGUGUGAAUAUUAGUAAUACAACUCCUCUAUCAAGCACUACAACUCCAAUAACAAAUAAAACAACAACUACUUGAACAAUCUUCAUUAUUAUUUAUUUAUUUGGCACGUUUUCUUUUUGCACUCACAUUUACAAUACAAGAAGAAGAAUGUUCACUAUUCAAUGGUCAAUCACAGUGAAUUUCUUUCUUGAACAAUGACUGUUCAAAUCCUAUUAUUAUUAUUAUUUACAGAAAAAAUGGAAAUCAGAUAGACCUAAUUUUCGGUUGAAGAAUAUAAAAUAAUGGUUAAUCAUAAUUUUAAUGUCAUAAUCACUGGAAACUUUGAGUCAAAUUAAAUAUGUAAAACAGAACCGUUAUCUUCUUUCUUGAUUCCUCUUGCUCUCUCUCUUACACUCAAUCUUCGAUCAGAUAUUUUAUUGUCAUUAUUCCAUCGAGCUACACUAAUAGUAAAUACUAUCUCUUUUCUGAAUUUACCCUUCCUUUUAAAUGAUAAAAAGAUAACUAGUUAUUCUUACCUAAAUUAUUAUCUCAUUUGAUAUUUUAUGCCUUUUUGUGUUUUGUUUAUUUGUUGCCCUAUUGUAUACAUGUUUUACUUUUUCUUUACCGUUCAAUGUUCUUUCCUAGUUUUUUUUUUGUUAAAACAAUUUUGAUCUCAUGAUUUAUAUGCGUUUAAUGUUUCCUUUUUUGUGGUUAACUCGUAUCUUUUAAUUUCAUCAGUUAACUUAUAUUAGCAUAUACAAAUCGAUAGUAUUGUUCAAAUGUAUUUGAAAUGGAGCUAAUGAAUGAACAAGGAGAGUAUAUAUGUGGUUUCAUUGCCUACUCUCAUCUUCACUACAUUUUCUCAAUAAUUUUUAGUUCUUUUUUAUACAAAAUCUACCUCCCUUCCUCCGCAUCUUCCUUCUAUGUUCUAUUUCUACACCAUUCUACUUCAUUUAUUUCAAUCAACAUGUAAUAUGAGAGGAUCCAAACUUCAGAAGUGAUGGUCUUUCAAUUAGGUAAAAUUCAGUUUUCAUUUCAUCUUGUCUACUCAAUUUGUAUAUCAUUAUUGAGCUGAUUUCGUGUCUCCAUUAUUAAUGUUAUUUGUUUACUUAUCCUCUCCUUUUUAUCCCAUGGUCUAACAACAUAAGUUUCAAAUACAAAAGACAAAAAUGUAAGGAAACUUUACAUACUACUUAUUACUUGGUAUGCGCAGAUGAAAGUAAUAUCGCACAACUAAACAUUAAUUAUCUCAUGAUUUGCAUGGAUUUAUUACAAUUUUCUGUAAUGCAUUUUAUCCUGUCUGUCAUAUAUAUCCGUGCAGUUUACAUUUUUAGAAGUAACGUUACACUUUUCUAUCAUUGUAUUGAAAAAGCCACGAGAUAAAGAAUGAUUAUCUUCUUUCUCCACCUCUUUUUUGUCUAUUUAACGAUGAAUAUCAAGAUCAGAUGAUUAUGGCAGUGCUAUUGAUUAACAAAUUUUUUUUAAAAAGGAGUAUCUUGUUUUUAUGGUUUCAUACACAUGUCAUUUAUUUAUAGCUUGCUCACAAUCACGCAUAUAGAAAGCACUAACUGACAUACUGUUACAUUAUAAAUACCCAUAAAAGCAUACAUACAUAUAUUUUAUAUUUUGUACAUAAAUUUAAUUAUUAUGAUUUACUGAUAGGCUUGUUUCACUCAUCCACUUUUUUAUCUUUUCUGUUUGUGUGUGUGUACGGUUAUAGUUUGACUAUUUACAUUCUUAGCGCUGCUAAUUCUAAUACUGUUAUGAUCACUACUGAUAAUAAUUAUUACUACGAUCAUGAUUAUUGUUACUAUUAGUAAUAUUAUUAUCAUUACUACUAUUGGUGAUGUUUAUGCUGAAAACAAUUAGACAACUGUUUGUACAUUCGACCUGGUGACAAAAAGUAUAUAUAUAAUGGUACAGAAUAAA